UAGUGCUCGAGGCAGCGGAUCGUUCCCCCCAGGUUGGAGUCCAAAUCCCGGCAAAUUAUCCUUACGGACUUCAUUCUUGAAGUAAGUAUCAUUUCACUCGGUUUCGAUGGAAGCGGGAAUUUUCUUCCCCGUCACUCCAAUUCUAUGGAGUUCUAGUUUGAAGUGCACUCUCUGUCCCGUUCGUCGCUCUUUCCCGCGUAUCAUAAGGGCUUCUUCCUUGAAUUCGCAAGCAAGUUACAGAGGGCCGAAGCCUUCAACGGAUUGGGUGGCCGAAUGGGUAUCCAAGAACAACGAUGCCGUUCGGAGUUUGCCCAUUUACGUCGGUGGAAUUUCUCUAUUGGUCGUCCUCUUUAACCGCGCCGUUUCAGGCAUUGCUCCCGUCGCCGAUGCCAGCAGUUCACAGUCAAGAGCUGAUCUAUUAACCCUUGGUCUAGCCGUCACAAAUGUCUUGACUGGUCUGGUGUGGCUGUCGAUCAGGCCGAAAUCUAUAACACCGGUAAAUCCACAAGGAGUAGAAUGUGAGAGGAUAUGCUCCAGUCUCCCUGAUCUUGUAACAUCCGAGUUGUUAUGGGUAUGGAAGUCUCUGUCAGAAGUGACAUGCUGCAGGUCUCUGGUUAUUGUCUACGAUGGUAUGUGUAUAUUUCAAGUUGGUUUUGCUGCUGAAUCAGCUGAGGGUGAUGGGGAUGGCGAACAUGUUGAAGCUUGUAAACUGAUGCAGGGAUCGCUCUAUAAGGGAAUUCUCAAAUCCCAAGCUCAGAGCUACUUGGCCAAUCUUUCUCUUUAUCCAGGGAAGUCGGAGCUGCCAUUUCUUCCCUCAAAUACUCAGGCUGUAAUCUUGCAACCACUUGGGGAGAAGGGUAUUGCUAUAAUUGGUGGCAACACUAUCAGGGGUUUCACAACCUCUGAUCAGGCAUGGAUUUCACUAGUUGGAGAGAAGCUGGAUGCUACGCUGUUGAAAUAUUCAAAUAAUUUGCAACCAGCGGCAAAAUUGAGCUCAAGAGGGGACUGAAGUGUUGAUGGACAACACAAAAUGGUUAUUAGAUUGUACCUUUUAUUUAUUUCCAAUGUUUUUAAACCGUUGGGGUGGAAGAGAAAUAACAUUGACGCCUGGAAAGGCAGGCAAAGCAACUCAACUAAGUAGUUGAUUUAUAUGUAUAGUCGAUACAUCAUUAAUGCAAAAGCUUCUCCUUUUUCGACCA